GGCUCAGCGGUGCCCGGACCCCCGUUUCCCGGGAGCGAGGAGUGGGAAGCCCGAGGGCCAGGCGCUUCCUCUCCGUCCCCUAGGCAGGCUCCAGACUGCGACUGCUGCCUGGCGCGGCCGGACCCAGGGGCGGGGGUGCCCCGGGGCCUCGCAGGGGCCCGGAAAGGCCCCAGAAACGCGACAAGCCGUGAGGGGGGCAGGGCCGCCGGAGAAGGCGCACGAUGCCGCCCGGGACGACGGCGGCCCCCUCGGUCUCCCUCCGGGAGCUGGCCGAUCUCGCCAUCGGCACCCCAGAGGUGGGCGCCGUCAACUUCACGGCCCUGCACACGCUCAUCGUGGCCAUGCUCAAGAAUCUCAACCUGCAGGAUACUCGGAUCGACUUCCCGUCCCCGAUGCUCGAGCAGAGUCGCUUGUUCGAGUCCCCGCGGGUCUCGAGCAGCAGGGCACAGCUGCAGGCGCUGGAGAGCCAGGUGGAGGACCUGGGCGGGCAGGUCCAGGACCUCAGCCUGCAGCUCGAGACCAUGGGGGGCCAGGUGCAGGCCAUCGUGCAAAACUUCCCGUCCCAGGCCGGCGGGCUGGACGCCCGGGACUGGCUGGAAAUGAAGGAUCUGCCCUUGCUUACGGAGGGGAAAGCACAAGUAGGGUCGACGAAAGUCCGGAAGGACGGCGAGCCGGUACCCAAGGGUAUGGAGCUGCUCCAGGACAUCAAGGAAGACGCGAAAAUACUGAAGGAAGCCCAGCAAAAGGCGAAGGAGCAACCCGAGUUGCACCCGGAGAAACUCCUCCAACGGGUUGAUGAACUGGAGAAGCUAAUGAGAGAAAGGGACAAAUUCCUGGAAAUAGUGAGCUGGAAGCUCCGUGCGAUUCCUGAUGCAGAAGAAGCCACCAUGGUCACCUGGGAAGAGCUGGAGCAGGCGGUUACUGGCGGCCGGAUGGCCUCACAAAUGGUCUCAGAGUCAUCAACAAGGCUUCCUAGGCGCAAAGGGCAGGGUUCCAUGACAUCAAACGAUAAAAUUCCAAGUGGGGCCUCUACCAAGCAUCCAAGUGUUGACGAGGCUAUAGAGUCUGCCAGUGGUUUUGGCACAGAUGAGACCUCGGGAACCAGUGGCAUAGGAUACUCCUCUGAAGGGGUUACUGGCAGGGAACAAAGCAAAGGUGCAUCUGCUACUGGGUUUCCUGGUAGAGAAGAGCACUCAAGGUCCCGUGAAGAAGCUGGCCUAACCAAACACCGUCCCCAAUUGAGAGCAGAGUCAGAUCGUCGCCGGGCUGGAGAGCAGCACGGCUUAGCACAUCUACGCAGAGAUGAACGAGAUGCACACCUUGGCCCAGUUUAUCAGGACGUAUCCUCCGCCACCUUGCCUAGAGCUCUGCAUGGUCAUGUGUCCCCAGAUCAGCAUGGGGGAGUGCACGUUAGCCAGGGUCAGGUCUAUGCACGGCCAGACCAACAUGGAUUAGGACCACUUGGCAUGAAUCAGCCUGCAUCGCUACAACCUAGCACUUACGCACAUGGUGCGGUACCCCUCGCUGUGGGUCAGCUUGGGGUGACGCCGCCUGGAAUGGAUGAGCAGGAAUUGGUACUAGCUGGCAUGGCUCAGAGUGAUGCAGUGCCACCAUUGGUAUCUGGCAGAGAUCAGCAAGGAUUGGGACUACCUGGUACAGACCAGCCUGGUAUGGUUCCACUUGGCACAUAUCAGCAUGGUGUGAUACUUCCUGGCAUAGACCAACAUGGUAUAAAACAGGCUGGCAUGGACGAGAGUGGUGUGGGACCACUUGGCACUGAUCAGCAUGGAUUGGUACCUCUUGGGGUAGAUCAGCAUGGAUUCGUAAUAUUUGGCACGGAUCAGCAGGGCUUGCUGUCACCUGGUUUGAUGCAAGUUGCUGCAGAUCAGCAAGGUUUUGUACAGCCCAGUUUGGGAACAUCUGGCUUCAUACAACCUGGCACAGAGCAGCAUGAUACGAUCCAGCCCAGUGCAGGUCAGCCUGCUUUGGUCCAACCCAGUAUAGGUCAGCCUGGUUUGGUGCAACCUGGUGCCGGUCAACCUGGUUUGGUGCAACCUGGUGCAGGUCAACCUGGUUUGGUGCAGCCUGGUGCUGCAGGUCAGCCUGGUUUGGUGCAACCUGGUGCUGCAGGUCAGCCUGGUUUGGUCCAGCCUGGUGCAGGUCAGCCUGGUUUGGUGCAACCUGGUACAGGUCAGCCUGGUUUGGUGCAACCUGGUGCAGGUCAGCCUGGUUUGGUGCAACCUGGUACAGGUCAGCCUGGUUUGGUGCAACCUGGUACAGGUCAGCCUGGUUUGGUCCAGCCUGGUGCAGGUCAGCCUGGUUUGGUGCAACCUGGUACAGGUCAGCCUGGUUUGGUGCAACCUGGUGCAGGUCAGCCUGGUUUGGUGCAACCUGGUGCAGGUCAGCCUGGUUUGGUGCAACCUGGUGCAGGUCAGCCUGGUUUGGUGCAGCCUGGCGCUGCAGGUCAGCCUGGUUUGGUGCAGCCUGGUGCUGCAGGUCAGCCUGGUUUGGUGCAACCUGGUGCAGGUCAGCCUGGUUUGGUGCAACCUGGUGCAGGUCAGCCUGGUUUGGUGCAACCUGGUGCAGGUCAGCCUGGUUUGGUCCAACCUGGUGCAGGUCAGCCUGGUUUGGUGCAGCCUGAUACAGGUUCACAUGGCUUUUUUCAACCUGGUGUAUCUGUGCCUGGCUUGGUUCCACCUGGUACAUAUCCACCUGGUCUGGUACAGCCUGGUGGCUAUCCACAUGGCUUGGUCCAAUCUGGUGCCUAUCCACGUGGUUUCAUGCAGCCUCAUGCCGAUCAGCGUGGUUUGGUUCAACCUGUAAUAGAUCAGCAUUGGUUGAGGCAAUCUGGUACAGAUCAAGGCUUGAUACCACCAGGCACAGAGCUUCAUGGCUUUCCAACAUACCAUGCAGAUCCUCGAAGUUUUAUAUCACCACGCCCAUACCAGCAUGGUGUGGCACCUCCUGGCAGAGAUCAGUAUGGUCGGGUGUCACCACUCGUAGCCAGUCAAGGUUUGGCAUCACCAAGUAUAGACCGAGAAGGCUUGGUACCACGAGAGACUUAUCAACAAGGUUUGAUGCGUCCUGGCCCAGACCAGCGUGGCCCAAAACCAUUACGCACGGGUGUGGGAUCUGCACGCCAGGAUCAACAGCAUUUGGAAGCACCUGAACCAGAGCAGCAUGACCGGGCACAUUCUGUCCCAGACUCCCAUGGCCCAGGGUACCAAGGUGUAGAUCAGUAUGUCGAGGUGGGUUUGGACCCAAAUGAAAUACGCGGCUCAGUCCGACCUGGAGUUUCUGUUCAGACUUCCCCAAGCCAAGGUGCCCCCUUGCUCAGGAGCACACGCUCCCUCGACUAUUUAUACCGAGGCUUAUCAGAAAGGAGUGAUGUUCAGGGUGAGAAACGUGAUUCACUGGAUAAGUUGGCUCCUAGCUUCCCCAUGGCAGUGGAAACAUUUCGUCUGUUGGGAGAGCUUAUCGGCCUCUACCUGGAGCUUAAGGAGAACGUAAAGGAUCUGGAUGAUGAACAAGCUGGCCAAACAGACUUGGAGAAGAUCCAGUACCUGCUGACACUGAUGGUCAAGAAGUCCAUACCCGCUGACCUGCAGGAACAGCUGAAGACCUUAAAGGCCUUGACCAAAGAAGUCCAGCAGGAAAAAGCAAAACUGGAGAAGGUGAACAGGAUCCUGGAGGGGGAGGGAGAGCAAGAAACAGGAAAGGAGGUGAACGCUGGCCAGCUGAGCCUGCAGCUGGAUGUCCUCAGAGUCACCGUGGCUGACAUCGAGAAGGAGCUGGCGGAGCUGAGGGAGAGUCAAGAACGGGGCAAGGUCAGCAUGGAACAUUCGGUCUCCGAAGCCUCCCUUUACCUGCAGGAUCAGUUAGACAAGCUCAGGACGAUCAUCGAGAACAUGAUGGCUUCGUCCUCCACGCUGCUGUCCAUGAGCAUGAGCGCGGCCCCGCACAAGCUCCCGACCACCCUGGCACCCAGCCAGAUCGACCCUGCGGCCACCUGCCCAGCCUGCAGCCUGGACCUGAGCCACCGGGUCAGCACGCUGGUGCAGCGCUACGAGCAGCUCCAGGACAUGGUCAGCAGCCUGGCUGCCUCCCGGCCCUCCAAGAAGGCCAAGCAGCAGAGCCAGGAUGAAGAGCUACUGGGCCGCGUGCAGAGCGCCAUCCUGCAGGUACAGGGCGACUGUGAGAAACUCAGCAUCAUCACCGGCAACCUCAUAGAGGACCAUCGGCAGAGGCAGAAGGACAUCGAAGUGUUGUACCAGGGUCUGGAGAAGCUGCAGAAGGAAAAGGCCAACAGGGAACACCUGGAGCUGGAGAUCAAUGUGAAAGCCGACAAGAGUGCCCUGGCGGCCAAAGUGAGCCGUGUCCAGUUUGACGCCACCACGGAGCAGCUGAACCACAUGAUGCAGGAGCUGGUGGCCAAGAUGAGCGGGCGGGAGGGGGACUGGCAGAAGAUGCUGGACAGGCUCCUGGUGCAGAUGGACAACAAGCUGGACCGCCUGGAGCUGGACCCAGUGAAGCAGUCACUGGAGGAUGGCUGGAAAUCCUUGCGACUGCAGCUCAAAGAACGUUCUCCGCUCUACCAGGUGGACGAGGCAGCCGCCAUGCGGAGGCAGCUCCUGGCACACUUCCACUGCCUCUCAUGUGACCGUCCCCUGGAGAUGCCUGUGACUGGACAAGUCAUCCCCCUGACUCCUGUGGGCCCAGGCCUGCCCGGGCACCGGUCCAUCCGCCCUUACACGGUCUUUGAACUGGAGCAGGUCCGGCAGCAGAGCCGCAACCUGCAGCUGGGCAGCGCUGCCUUCCCCUGGGGCAACCUGGGGCAGACGGAGCGGAGCGCGGGGCGCCUGCGCAGCUUGCACUCCAAGAUGCUGAUGGACAUCGAGAAGGUGCAGAUCCACUUCGGGGGCUCCGUCAAGGCCAGCAGCCAGAUGAUCCGCGAGCUGCUGCGCUCCCAGUGCCUCGGCUGCCCCUGCUACAGACGGCUGCCAGAUGCGGCCGAUCACACCUACGGGAGGUCGCCCCGGAGCUGCGGGGGCAGCCACACCCUCACCUACCCCUCCCGCCGCACCCGCCUGCAGCACCUGGCACAGGGCCUGUACCCCACCGAGGAGACCCAGAUCGCCAGGAAGCACGACGAGGUGGAUAUCCUGGGCCUGGACGGACAUAUUUACAAGGGACGGAUGGAUACAAGGCUGCCGGACAUCCUGAACAAAGACAAUUCGGGGAUAAAGCAUAAGGCCAAGCAGUCCCGGCCCCACGUGCACCGGCAGCAGUCACUCAGCGACAGCGGUCAGCUGCCCUCACGGUCCCAGAGCGCUCAGAUGCUGGCUGGCAACGACUCAGAAGAGGAAAUAGGGACAGAGUUGCAGCCCAAGCUCUGGCUCCAGGCCCGAGUCCAUCCCCUGCUCACGUGUGCCGACUCUCACCUGCCCAGUGAGAUGACACCUGACGACAGCUCACCUGCCCAGUGAGAUGACAAACCUGCCAGCGGGGCUGGAGAUGCACAUGGACGCGCCUCCUGGGGAGGGGCUCGAGGAGCCCAUUCCGGGGCCAGGCUGAGCAGAGCUAUAAAUAAAGGUUUAGGAGAAAGCUUGGGGCCUUGCAGCUUCUCUGGUCCUGGCUCAGGAAGGUGGAGUGAGAGGCAGGGGCCGCUGCAGGUCGGAUGGCAGACCUCUUGCAGCCUGACCAUUAGGCCAUGGAGCUAAGCCCUCUGGCCUGGAAGGUCCCCCAAAGUCCCUGCUCUUCCCAGAGGGGCUAAAUCCUGCCUGAAAGCCAGAGGGCUAAGGGUUCCCUUGGGGUUUGGCUACACAUGGGGCCAGAGAGGGACAGUGGCCUGGAGCUAGGAGGCUGGAUCACUUCCAGGUGACUCUGAGCACCUCUCCCCCUUCUCUUGACCAGUUUCCUCAUCUGUCGAUAAAAGGGUGCUGGAUUAGGGCUGCUCAGUUAGGCUCCCCCUUGAGAGUCUAAGAAAGGUGCUGACUUUCUUCCCAUCAAAAGCUACGCACCCACAAUGCUUUGCAGCUACUUCCGGAGGUUCAAGGACCACCCCCACCCCCUGCCCAGGUUAAGAGCCCCAGCUACACCCCCCUUCCAGUGCCAGCAUUCAGUGGGUGCCUGGAGGAAGCAGAAACAGAAUAAGCGGAAACAGAAUAAGUGGUGGUCAUGUUGCCUCGCCUCUGUUGAGGGUUCCUGACCGGCCAGGCACUGCUGAGGAGCUUUCCACUUACAAACCAGUCUUCAUCCUCAUGCAUUAAGAGGCAGGGACCACUGUUGGUCCCACCUACAGCUGAGAAAGCCGAGGCACAGAGAGGUUAAAGUAUUUGCACAAGGUCACACAGCUAGGAAGCAGCAGAGCUGGAGUUCAAAGCCAAGCCAUCUGGCCCCAGAGCCAGCGCUGGUGACAAAGGGUAAGAGCCUGGGAUGGAGGAUUCAGCAGUGGACCGACAGCACAGGUCUGUGGCUCUUGGUUCCGAGUUGAUUUCUUGGGGGUACUUAGCUUUUUUCUCCCCAGCACUCCACCGUCUACUCCAAGGGCACUUAAAACGUGUGGACGCAGCAGCAAGAGGGAGGGUAGUGUUAGGGAAAAUUCCUGCACCUAUUUGUGUCAAUAUUGCCUAAAGAGUCCGUGUAUUAAGAGGGAACGUUACCAAAGAGGCAGGCUCUCAGCCCCUGGUGAAAGCUUAUUUAUUUUUAACUGAUUAUAAAGGAGUGUGACUUAGGGGCUCGUAUGAGGGCUUGCCACCCCCCCACCCCUCCCCAGCAUGAUGCCCUAGCUCGGCCUGGCUACUGGGGCUGCUCUCGACUUCCCUGGGCUUCGCGCUAGCUGGGCUGGGCCGCUGGCGGGCGUGGGAGCAAGACAGAGCCAGGUCUGCUCCCUGCUGUCUCGCACAUUCUUCUCUUCAACGGAAAGACAGACCCGUCUCCACCGAGGGGCGCCUCUCCCAGCCGAAUACAGCUCACCUGCCCAGUGAGAUGACAAACCUGCCAGCGGGGCUGGAGAUGCACGUGGACGCACCUCCUGGGGAGGGGCUCGAGGAGCCCACCCCGGGGCCAGGCUGAGCAGAGCUAUAAAUAAAUGUUUAGGAGAAAGCUUGGGGCCUUGCAGCUUCUCUGGUCCUGGCUCAGGAAGGUGGAGUGAGAGGCAGGGGCCGCUGCAGGUCGGAUGGCAGACCUCUUGCAGCCUGACCAUUAGGCCAUGGCCCCCAAACAGGUUGAGCUGUUCUCUGAGGGUGCCAGGGCUUCGAGAGGGCUGAGUGUUGGACCCAGGGCCAGGAAGAGGCAGCACAGGCCAGACCCCAGGCUCCGGGGACUGGCGGGCCUGCAAGCGGUCUGCCCUCUCCUGACCCCAGCUGGACCCGGUGCUGUGGCCUUCUCUGGCACUGGCACUGCCUUCCAUCUGGGGAGGCUGUCCAGGGCACUCUGGUGAGGUUGGGAGCUUCAUGUCUGUGCUUGAGCUGUUCCUUGUGUACGAGCUGUACCUUGUGUAUCUUGGAGCAAAGGUAAGGGUGGCAGCCCUCCUGCUGCUGGCAGGGAGGCUCCUGGCACAUCCUGGGGGGGAGCAGUGCCACCAGCACCUGGGAAGGUUCCCGUUUGCUGUCCUCUGUGGCUUACCCUUGAGUGCCUGCUGCAGACGCAGGAGGGGCGCAGACCCAGGGGCCGCCAGGGCUAGGUCAUGUCCCUAUUCCCCUCCCUUCCCCACCCCUCCCCAGGAAGAUAGAGCAGAAGUGUGCCUGGCAUUUGCCAGGGGGUCUUGAGGCCUGGCCCUUGCCCUGCUUCAGUGUCACCCCAAACAGGCCAGAGGGCUCACUGCUGUCCCCCAAGUCAACUGUAAGGGACAAGCGCGUCCCCAAUCAAAGCCCCAGGGACAAGGGAGUGCUGCCCCGCACCCGGACGGAGGCCUCUGCAGUCAUGGAAGCAGUUUUCUGCCUUCAGAUCUGUUCUCAGCAGCUCCCUCUUCCAAGGUGGGGUUCCCUCCCUCCCCCCCACCACCCCCAGUCCCCUCUGACAUGGGAAAGGGAUGUCUGGGCCCAGUAAGAGGGCUGCUUCAGGGUGUGAAUUGAGGGAUGACAGAGUCACACAGGAAAGUGUAGCAGGAAGUAACCGAGAAAAGGGUUUCUCCCUCAUCCCCCUGUGGGCACAGGAGGGUGGAGUUGGCUGGGGUGUCAUGGGUGGGGCAGGCGCUCCCUGCGGGAAGGGGCAUCCCCCAUCUCUCCCCAUCUGCCGAGAUCCCGUUCACUGUUGAACGCUGGGGUCCCAGUUGGCACCGCCCACACCCCCACACCCUUUUCUCUGCAAGGGGCGGCAGGGCCAGGCCCAGGCCUCCUCUGCUCCUGCCUGAGAAAUGUCAGGUCACUGGCUCAGUGUCCCUGCUCUAGAAUCCAAACUCACCAGCUUGGAAGGGAGGAGCGGCAGCCAGGCCUCCCCGAUGCCCCGGAAAGGAUGAGGGGUGACAUUCCCCAAGCAGCCCAGGCCACCCCUGCCUCCCCGCACCUGGACCCGCCUGCCUACGCUCACCCAGGCCGCCCAGCACUGACCGCCCACGUGCCCACGAGGGGCCUUCCCCUUCCAGCCUGGGAAAGCACAGGUGGGCAGAGUGAGGGGUGCGGGUGGGAGGAGUCUCACAGGUUUCCAAGGAGGAAACAAAACUGAAACGACAAACCCAGCUUCAAAGUACAUGAUCACAUGCAGAGGGACCAAGGACAGCUGCGUCCCCAGUUCUCCACCCCUGCAGGGGCGGCCCCACAGGUGACCUUGUGAAGACACACGAGGCCCAGGAGCAGCACGGGCUGGCUUGCCAGGUGGGGCCCUUCCCAAGUGUCACUGCACGUUGGGCCUGAACCUCCAGGCCCCGCAGUCCUGAUCGACAGCAGUGCCCUGGCUGCUGAGAGAGGGAGGGAACGAGCCCACUCACACAUGUUAAAGGGGUUUGUUUUUUGUGGGGGGCAGGGGGCUCAGGAGGAAUCCCAACCCUGGGGCCAGCCACCCACUCCUCCAAUUGGGCGGACAAGCUCCUCACGCACCUGGCCACCUGCGCUGGAAUCUGAGAAGAGCCCAGCUGCCAUCACUGCUGCUUCCAUUCCAGCGCCUGAAGGCCGAGCGAAGGGGGGAAGGGAAAGGAAGCCAGUCCUCUUGGGGACCCACCCAGUCUCUGUGGCUCCCUGAUCGCCUCGGUUGACCUUUGGGACAGGGCCACACAACAUGCACAUGGGGACAGGUUACCCCAAAGGAGGCUGAGGGCAGGGACAGCAGAGACAGGUCCAGCGGCAAGCGCCUGGGGGAACAAGCAGAAGCGUGGGGCUGCCAUUGGGCCCCCAGGCGGGGAGGCAGCUCCCCCACUGCAGGCAAAGACAGGGGCUCCAGGGCUGAGGCCUAGCCUACGGUGGGCUGCACGGUGGCGAGAGCCAAGGGAGAGGGUUACCGUAACCAAGCCAGGACCUGUCCUUCCUCUCCUCCCCACGCACAACCGGAUCCAGCCUGUCACGUGGCCCCCUGGCCAGGAUGCCCCUUAUCAGAGCGUCCAGACCCACCACGUGGCAAUGGAGCUGGUCCCCCAACCACAGCACAGCCGAGAGCCUCACCACCCCUCUGCCCAAGGAGCACGCUCUCCACA